GCGGGCUCUGUCUCGGAGGCGGGGCACCUGGGCUAGGAGCGGCCCGGAGCGCCCGAGUCGCCGCCGCCGCCGCCGCCGCCGCCGCCGCCGCCGGGGGCUUGGCGCUCCGCUCUACAGUGGGGCGCUGGGUGCAGCAGCCGCCAGCGGAACAUGGCGCCGUGGACGUUCUGGCGCUGCUGCCAGCGCAGCGUGGGCUGGGUGCCGGUGCUCUUCAUCACCUUCGUGGUCGUCUGGUCCUACUACGCGUACGUGGUGGAGCUGUGCGUGUUUACUCUCUCUGGAAAUGGAGAAAACGGAAAGGCCGUUGUUUACCUUGUGGCUUUCCAUCUGUUCUUUGUUAUGUUUGUAUGGUCCUAUUGGAUGACAAUUUUCACAUCUCCCGCUUCCCCCUCCAAAGAGUUCUACUUGUCCAGUUCUGAAAAGGAACGUUAUGAAAAGGAAUUCAGCCAAGAAAGACAACAAGAAAUUUUGAGAAGAGCAGCAAGGGACUUACCUAUCUACACCACAUCAGCUUCAAGGACCAUCAGAUAUUGUGAAAGAUGUCAGUUGAUUAAACCUGACCGGGCACAUCACUGCUCAGCAUGUGACAUAUGUGUUCUUAAGAUGGAUCAUCAUUGUCCUUGGGUGAAUAACUGUGUGGGAUUUUCUAAUUACAAAUUCUUCCUGCUGUUUUUAUUGUAUUCCUUGUUAUAUUGCCUUUUCGUGGCUACAACAGUUUUACAGUACUUUAUAAAAUUUUGGACGAAUGAACUCUCUGAUACACGUGCAAAGUUCCACGUACUUUUCCUUUUCUUUGUGUCUACAAUGUUCUUCAUCAGCGUCCUAUCACUUUUCAGCUACCACUGCUGGCUAGUUGGAAAAAACAGAACAACAAUAGAAUCAUUCCGCUCACCCACAUUUUCAUAUGGACCUGAUGGAAAUGGUUUUUCUCUUGGAUGCAGUAAAAAUUGGAGACAAGUCUUUGGUGAUGAAAAGAAAUACUGGCUGCUUCCAAUAUUUUCAAGCUUGGGUGAUGGUUGCAGUUUUCCAACUCGCCUUGUGGGGAUGGAUCCAGAACAAGCUUCUGUUACAAAUCAAAAUGAAUAUGCUAGAAGUAUUGGCUCAAAUCAACCCUUUCCUAUCAAACCGCUUAGUGAAUCAAAAAACCGAUUGUUGGACAGUGAAUCUCAAUGGAUAGAGAAUGGAUCUGAAGAAGGCACUGUCAGAUCAGGGACAAAUAACCAUGUUACAGUGGCAAUAGAAAAUUGAGUACCACUUGUUCAUAACUAACCAUUUGAAUAAGAGCAAGGUUUAUAAAAACAUAUUAUGGACUGAUAUUUUCAGCUUUAUUUACAAGAAAAUGGUCAAUGGAAUGAAAUAAUUGAAGUAUAACAGAAGAUAUAUUUUUUAAAAAGGAAGCCUUUGUACAGAUUGCCAGAUCCACAGAAGAAGCAUUACUCCAGAGCAGAAAGAUGCCUUAAUCUUAAAUACACCCAUUUGUGCUACAUCAACUUACUGCUACAAAAGUGACUUAAUUUUACUUUGGAAAUAAUACUUACCUGUUAUGAGAUGCUGUACUAUGAGCUAUCAAGUCACAUGUUAACAUGGCAUAUGUAUUUUUUUGACACCUGAGUUACAUAAUUAGAGUGUUUCUUAGUAUCCAUAUAAAGUUUCGUUCUGAAACACAAGCUGAAAAGUUGUCUUAACUGAAGUACAUGUAGGGCAGUAUGAUGGCUUAAGGUGAAUAAUAAUAUCCAUUUACUGUUGCUUGUACUGUGUAAGGAAGAGAAAAUAACUUUUUUUUAUUGGGUGUUUGCUAAUUUAUAAUUACUGUUUUAUACUUUUCAACAUUUAUAAUAAAGUUUUUUAUUGUUGGCUAUAAAAUAACACUCAGAAAGAUUCAGAUAUCUAAAUAUAAUUAUUUAAAACAUGGAGCACAUUUGUAUAAUUCAUUGAUGGCUUAGUUCUAAGCGUUAAUACAACCAUGAAAUGUAGUGUUGUGCCUGAGGCUUAAAGGAAACUUGGCAGUAUAGGAAAUAGGUUCUCUCUGCUUUUAAAUUACUUUUUUGUUGAACUUUCAUGGGUAUUUUUAUGGGCAGGGAGACACAAAGGCAAAUGUGCUAUAGAAAUAUUGGACACAGUCAGAAUAGUGGCAGUGGCUAGAAGAAAAGUAAAGAGGAAGAUGGGCAGGUAUUGUAAGCUGUUAAAAGUUAUUUCUGGUCCCAAGGUAUUUAGAAUGCAACAUGCUAUUGACUUUCAAAUGUCAAUUUAGGCGAUUACUAGAAAUUACUUUGAAACUUUUUCCGGUAUUCCCAUAACAGCUUAAACAGUGACUUGAAAGGCAGUUUGAACUAGGGUAAAACUGCUUAGUGUAAUUCCGCUUUCUGGAAAGAAAUUCUAACCUAAGUGGUCAUUUAAGACUUCUAGUCUGUGAGCAGUGAAUUCCACUUUUACAUGAAAAAUUUUAAAUCUGACUUCCUAAACACCAACCCCUUUCUGCCUGGUAGACCUAGAUCUCCUUUUCCUUUUGAAAUGCAAUCUAAGUGACAGGAAUUGUUGCAUUAAUUCUAAGGGAAAAUACUGUAUCCUGUAAAGGAGAAACAAGGUAGAAAUGUUACUCCUCACUUAUCCUGUUUAGUCAAAUAUACACACACAAACCAAAAUGAUUGAUUGCUUCCAGUAUUGGGUAGAGAUAAAUCUUAACCAGCAUCUGUAAGUAUCAACCAUUACAGUUUCCCUAUCUGUAAAAUAGAAUUGGGAGGAAAGGGUGUUAUGUAUGAGUUGGACUGGAUGACCUCACAUUCUUUGAUUCCUAAUUUUGCAAAAUUAACCUUACAUUUCAUUCAUCCAACAAAUAUUUUCAGAGUACCUUCUGUAUGCCAAACAUAUGGUAGGGAUAGCUCUAUAAUUUCCUAGUGUAGCAUAAAUUUUAUAGUCCGCUCUUCCAGAUCUUCAGUUCAUAGGACUUGUCUAAUUCUGUUGGCUAUACUAAUAUUAGAUUUUAAAAGGAAGUUAUGUUUUUUUUUCCCCCUUUGAGCCAAAGGAAUGAGUUAGCUUUGAAAAUAUAGUUUGGAAUACUAUUAUUAUGAUUCUUCUGUCUUUAUUUCAACUUUGUAGUCCUAAUAAUCUUGACUCUAGAAAACUGAGAGUUAAGGGAUAACAAAAUAUCACUUCAUUUUGGCAUUUUGUGUAUUAUAAGGAAAUUGUGAAUGUUUAAACCUACUUGACUACUUUCAGAAUUGUUCUCCUGGUACUUUUUGUGAGUAUUUCUACAUUUAGAUCAAAGGAUUUGCAUGCACCUGAUUAACAGUUGAGGAAACAUAAAUUUCCCCUUUAACCUAUCCAGGCACUUUUGUGGUGGUGUAUCUUUCUCUUUUAAUUUGUAUUUCACUGUCAUCUUUAAUAGCAUAGCAAACACCUUUUCAGAAAUUUUCACUUAAAGCCUUUGCUUUAAUUUAUGGCCAACAUUUUGCCACAUUCUAAAUACUUGGCUGAUUUAUUCAUACAUAUUAAUGGUCAUUCAACAAGGGCCUACAAACUGCAUGGGAGUCAGGGCAAGGCUGCCUCUUUGGUAUUUCAACUGGUAUUGAUUAGCUCUAUCAACUCUUUGUGGGGGAAAGGUCAAAAUGAAGGCCUUCAAAAUGUAUUAGUACUAUCUUUGGUCUGGUCAAACACUUUGAAUAGUUGUGGUGUGAUAUUUAAUGAAAAGUUGAAUUUCAGGGCUUGCCAUUGCCAUUAAAGACAAAGUCGACAGGAGUCUUGGUUUUACCUGGGUACAGAUUUACUUGAAUAUUCAGUACCUGAGGCAUCUGACCAAUAUCACUUUGCCAAACCAAAGAGCAGCUGCAGUACAGUAGUUAUUGAACAUGAACACGUUUACAGAGUUUAGUUCCAUGAUUUUUAAAAACCUUUUUACAUAUGGAAUGGUUUUGAUCCAAUGUGUCUUAGGUGAAUUUAACUGUAAGAUUAGUUUAAAUCAAAUAUGCAAUGUUUACUUGAAUUUUAUUUCUUUUAGAAAGAUUUUGACUAUGUUUACAGGAUUGUUCAAAUUAAAGAUUAUCAGACACAUGAGAUGUCCAUUCAGUAAUCUUUAAAGCAAAUGUAUAUUAAGGGCUUAGUGUUAGGAUCUGUAUAUUUGGGGCACCGAAUAGACAGUGACUUACAAAUAUGUUUUGCUUACAUUUUGUUCUAGGACUAGCACUGCUAUCAAUGGAAACUAUUUUUAAAAUAACUAAUCUGUUAUUAAGAAAUUAAUCAUAUUUUUGCAUUUCAGCCAAAAUAAAGAACCAUAUCUGAUAAUUUGUAAGACAUAGGUAAUAGGUAAGCCUGAAAUCCAUGUGUUUCAUAUGAUCUGAACUGUAUUUUCCAAUCUAAAUUAAAAAUGCAAUAUAGAUUCAGAAAGUUCCAUAUUUUUCUAAUGACUUCACUUUAUAUUGUUUUGUUGGGUUGCAUAAAGAGGCAAGGAAUUGUAUUUGUAUUAAAAGAUUAAGAAAACUAUUAGUCAAGUUUAUUAUAUUUGUACAUGAUUGCAGAUGAGGCUAUGCCCAUUUAAAAGAAAAGAUGGACACUAUUUUAAAGUGAUCUUUAAUAAUGUUUUUAUAGAAACAACUUUGAAAUACAGUUUAUUUUGGUUGUCUUUACUUAUCAAGUACUGUAAGUCCUGUAUUUGUUUCUCAUAAGUAUAAUCCUGGACCAUGACUUAAUGUUAACUCUUUGCUUUGUCUUUUGGAUGGCCUAACCUACAUUAACAUGAAGGCUGAACAUUUUUAAACUUUUUUUUCAAAAAUCAUAAUAAUGAUUUACUUUAUUAAUAAACAAAAUCAAGUCCUGAAA